AUGAAAAAGUUCUUUAACCGAAAGAGACCUAUUCACAGAAAAAAAAAAAAAGAAAAGACGAAAUCAGAUCACGAUAAUACCCGAAACUAUAAACAAACCAUAACCAAUAUACACAAUAAACAUAUUUCAAUGUCCGCACCAUUAGAUACGCAACACCUGUCGAAACAUGGCCACAAUCAUCAUCAACAGAAUACUCAUCGCCAGUCGAAUGUACUGAUAUCUACGUCAACCAUAACACAGCGACAAUUGAGUCAUUUAAAUUCGCAAGUUGCACAAUUACAUGCCAAUUUAUCUGACUUUAAUGAUUUGGUAACAACUGCCAGUGAGCAAUAUAAAAACAUUGAAAUGUUGGGCAAGAUUCAUGCUAGUUUACUUAUGGGUAGUAGAAAGAUUUUCGAAGAAGAAGCCUUUGAUAACCAAACAGAACCCAAGUAG